CCCUUUUCCUAUUGAGUACCAUUCAGAUGGACCUGAAUAGGAGUAGCAAUCUGGAUAACUGUUUUGCACUGUCUGCUGUCUGCCAUCUUGUCCACUCAAGGGAAGACUACCUCAGCAUGUAUUUAUCUGGAGUCCAGCAUAAACUGGAACAUCCAAGUGAGCUAGUGAGAAUGAAGGCAGCAUGCUGUAUCCUGAGAUUUAUAAAGAUCAUUCCCAGCUAUGUGAGUGAACUACAGGACAACUGCAGAAAGCUUCUGUGUGAUAAAGAUCCAGGGGUCAUGUCUAUGGGGGUCAAGUUACAGUUAGAGCUGCUGAAGAAAGGAAUGCAAACAAGCCCAAACUUGACCUCUGACCUUAUAAAAAUUCAACAGCAGAUAACGAACAGAAGUCUCCCAUCAUCCUUUGAGUAUCAUGGCAUCCCAUUACCAUGGCUACAGAUAGACAUACUUAGGGCCUUGGCACUUCUUGGUAGAGAAAACAAAAAGAUCAGUGAAGACAUGUACCCCCUGCUGAGAAAUGUAUUAGAUCAGACAGACAUGAGAGAGAAAAUGACCUAUGCUAUUUUAUAUGAAUGCAUUGUGACCAUCAGCAGUAUUUUGCCUCACAGAGAACUUCUGACUGAAGGAUGUAACAAAGUAAAGAAAUUAAUCUCCUCAACAAGUUAUGUCGUCAAAAGCAUGGGUGUGAAGGCCCUGUCACACUUGAUGUCAAAGAGUCCAGAGAAUUGUCAGGUGAUUGUGGCAGAGCUUCUCAAUGACCCAGAUCCUUCCAUCCAAUCAAAGAUUGCUGAUCUUCAGUCUGCAAUGUAAUAUGGCUAAAGUGAAAGAGAUCAAGGUUGUUUGAAGAACUCAACUAUAAUCAUGCAGUAUUAAUUUUGGAGAUAAAUCUACAGCCACACUCCUAAUUUUCUUUACAUUUAAUUCUACCUCCAUGGACUAGAGAGCUCUUAGUUUUUGAAGAGUCACAAAAGAGAGAUAAAUCAACUGAAGAAACAGAAAAUAAUGAUUGUAAAACAUCCACUCGUUAGAUUUUUUUUAGCCUAAGACAUUGUCAGAAAAUUUCACCUCUGGAGAAACAUUAUUUUCGAUUGCUAACCAUAGCAGGAAAAGCUUUGAUAAGGCAGAAUAUCACAUUUAUUUUAAGUAAUGAAGAUUUUUCUGAAGAUGGAAUAAGUCUUCUGGAUGAGCAACCAUUUUCUGGUUGUGAUAAAGAUAUUGAUGACGGGAGCUAGCCUAGAAGAUAUAGAAAGUUUAAAAACUUUAAGCCAGUUAAAUUUAGACACAAGCCCCAAAGCAAAGACAAGAAAA